AUGGUACUUUUACUCCUCGUAGCCAACACAGAAGCUUUCCGCUACUUCAUUUUCAUGCCUGGGGACUUCAACGGCAACCCAGACUACCUACAAAACCCACAAGAAGCCGAAGAACUAAAGGAGACAUUGGGCAGGGUUAGACGGUCGGAGUAAGUUGAAGUUUUAAAUUUUAAAAAAUUUGCUUCUAAUUAAAAUUUUAAAACUCAGUUUUCAAAAUUUCAAAAAAUAGACUUGAAUUGGGGCUAAAAAAAAGCUUAAAAUACCAGCAAAAACUUCCGUUACAAUAUUUAAUUACGAAAAAAAAAAAUUCAGUGAAAUGGCAAGAACUUCCUUUCCAAAACAAAAAAUGGAAAGAACUUUCUUUACAAACCAAAAAAUAGCAAGAGCUCUCUUUACAAACCAAAAAAUGGCAAGAACUUUCUUUACAGAACAAUAAAUAACCAUUUCUGUUUUGUUCGUAUAACUUGUCAUUCAGUGUUUUGCCGAAACGGUCCGGUCCGGAUUUUCAAAAAUUGCAUAAUUGAAAACAACUUUUUAGCUUAUGGUUUGAAGUUUUAAAAAUAAAUAAUUUUUGUGAAGGUCCGUCUUUGGUUAUCAAGUUAUUACCGAAAUGGACCGCCCGGACCGGCAAGACCGAUUCGGUCCGGCCGGUCCAAAUGUUUAGCGAGGAACUUGUAUGAGACGGACCUUCACAAAAGUUAUUUAUUUUUUAAAACUUCAAACCAUAAGCUAAAAAGUUGUUUUCAAUUUUGCAAUUUUUGAAAAUCCGGACCGGACCGAACCCGGUCCGGCAAAACACUGUUGUCAUCUGUAGGUUGCACAACGAAUAACUUUCUUUAAAGUAUAGGCAAAAAUGGUAUGAAAAAGGUGAUUUUUUUCAGAAUGCGCAACAUUUUGGGAUCAGUGGUAUUCGACCCGCAGUUCCGUCGAAUUGCCAGAAAUACAGAAGACAAACGAAUGAACUUUCAGCGGACUGGAGGACCUAUCUUGCUAGGUUAA